AUGUUGAAUACUUAUGGGGUUUAUUUGAGUUAUUCAAAAGCUUGGAGAUCUCGUGAGCAAACUUUGAAAAUGAUUAGGGGUGAUCCAGCCGAGUCAUUUGGUGCAUUAAUACGGGGAUGGGAGCAUUGUAGAUCGGUGAUUGUUGUUGAUGGUACUUACUUGAAUGGUAAAUAUGGAGGUACACUUUUCACAGCAUGUACACAAGAUGCAAAUAAUAGUAUAUUCAUUUUUGCUUUUGGAAUUGGAGACAAUGAGAACGACAAAUCUUGGAGAUGGUUUUUCGCUAAGAUGAAGAAAGCGUAUGGAAACAGAGAAGGGCUGUGUUUUGUGUCGGACCGUCACCCCAGUAUAAAAAAUGCAAUAGAACAUGUGUAUCUGGGAGCCUGUCACGGUAUUUGUUCUUAUCAUUUGUUGCAAAAUCUAAAAUCAUAUUAUGAAAAGUCAGGCCAAAACAUUACACAAGCAUUCAAUUCGGCUGUCCGCGCUUACACGCUAGAAGAAUAUUGUUAUAACAUGCCUCUGCUGACUAUGAUGAAUGAGAAGAUAAUUUCUUACCUGGCUGAUAUUGGACUUGAAAAAUGGUCACGAAUACAUAUGCCAACAAACAGGUAUUCUAUAAUGACAUUAAACAUUGUGGAGUCGGUCAACGCGGUCACAAAGGCAGCCAAAAAUUAUCCUAUUGUUUCCCUCCUAGAGUCAUUACGGCAAACCAUACAAUCGUGGUUUUGUAGACAAAGGGAUGAUGCACAUGGAACUUUCACAAAGUUGUCGAGCAAGUAUGAGAAAGAGAUUAGGAAAAUGAGCAUGGAUUUAAGAAACUUGAGGAUAAUUUUUUAUAUUUUAACAUUGAGAUGCAUAUGUGACUCAAUCUUUCUGUGA